AUGGCCGGAUUCGUGAUUAAAUCCAAGGUUGCCGUGGCAGGCACUACGAAGCUCCUGCUAGCCAAGAGCACAGCCGCGAACGUUAUGUCCGCAUCCGGGUUCGCUAGCAUUCAUGCGACGACUCUAGCUACAAUCACGGCCGGUUUGGUAGUUGGGGUCAUCGCCGCAGAUAUUGCCGACAAGUUGGCCACUUUGGUGGCGACAAAGCAGAUGAGCGAAGACAAUGCUCGGAAAAUGAUGGAAAAGGCGACCCAACUAGACGAGAAAGAUCAGAGGAAGAUGCAGAAGGACAUUGAUAAUCUCGUCAAAAAAUGGGUUGAGUAG